AUGACGGCCAGGAACGUUGUGGUGAUUGGUGGCAGCUAUGUCGGUAUGAACGUCGCGGAACAGCUUGCGAAAGCAGCUCAAGGACGCUUCCGCGUACUGCUCGUCGAAAAGAACAGCCACUUCCAACAUCUUUUCGCCUUUCCACGAUAUGCGGUAACGACCAAAGUCCCUACCAGCAAGGCCUUUAUUCCGUACCAACCGAGCCGUCUCGGAGAAACUGGCGCAUUCGUCCAAGCAUCCGCAAUUGGCCUCACAAAAUCUGCAAUACAGCUCGACCGCAAAGUGUCGCUAGACGGCGAGCAAGUCGAUAGCAUUCCGUACUUUGCUUUGGCUAUUGCUACAGGCACAAAGCUCUCCCCACCUUCGAAUGUCCCAGGCGAGGACAAACUUUCCCGGACGACUUAUCUGCGCAAACAUGCCGAGCAGGUGGAGCGUAGUGAGCAGAUCGUCAUCAUCGGUGCGGGCGCCGUUGGUGUUCAAAUGGCCCUUGAUGCAAAGGAGCUGCAUCCCGAGAAGAGCAUCACAUUAGUUCACUCCCGGGAUAAUGUGAUGAAUAAAUUCCAUCCCGGCCUGCAUGAGGUGGUCAAAGAAAGAGCAGACGAGCUAGGCGUGAAGCUGGUGCUGGGGAAAAGAGUCAAACUGCCAAAGGACGGCUAUCCCGUGAACAAAGGCAGAUUUGACGUGGAAUUAGUGGACGGGACGAAGAUCCCUGCUGACCUUGCUAUUACCUGCAACGGCAUGACUCCCCAGUCUGAAAUCAUUCGCUCGCUGUCACCAGACGUCAUCGACGAGCAAGGCUACAUCGCCGUAAAAGACACUUUGCAGGUCAACGAUGACCGUUUCCCCAACGUUUUCUCGCUCGGAGACAUCGCCGCAACGGCAGCACACAAAGCUGCAAGGCCUGCCAUGAAGCAAGCAGAAGUCGUCGCUAAUAACGUCGUUCAUCUCCUCAACCAAGAGCCCCUCGACAAAUACCAGGUCACUGAUCCAGCGGCUAUUCAUCUUACAUUGGGCAUUGAAAAGAGCGUUAUUUUCCGUAACCCAUCGCCGGCUUCUGACAAUAAGCCUGUGGUCAUGCGCAAAGACGAUGGGUAA